AUGGUUUCCUGUCCGAUAUGUGAAAAGCCUGUCUCGCAGUUAAAGAUCAACGAUCACAUCGACUCCGGCUGCCAGAGCUUCAUCGAAGAACCGUCCUCUUCUCCAGGAGACGCAUCAUCCUCCCAGAAAGGCCCUGUUCCAAGCAUAUUUCAGCCUGCAUCCGCUCGAAAAGCAUCCGCACAGUCAACUAUCACGAAAGAGUCCCCAUCGCGUCCAGCAACAACCCCGCGCCCUCUCAACGGCAAGAGAUCAUUCAUCCAGGAGGAGACAACCCAAGAACGUGGGCCGAAGCAAACAAAUGACGAAUCCAAAGAGCCGCAGGCAAAGCGCCCCAAGGUCAAUGCCUUCCACAAAGCUGCACCACUAGCAGAGCGUAUGCGGCCCAAGACACUGGAGGAAGUGUGCGGCCAGGAGCUUGUCGGCCCGAAUGGUGUCCUGCGUGGGCUCAUCGAACAAGAUAGGGUACCAAGCAUGAUUCUGUGGGGCAGUGCAGGGACAGGCAAGACAACAAUCGCUCGAGUUAUUGCGUCGCUGGUGGGUAGCCGCUUCGUGGAAAUCAACAGCACAAGUAGCGGCGUCGCAGAGUGUAAGAAGAUAUUCGCCGAGGCUCGCAGUGAGCUUGGCCUGACUGGGCGCAAAACGAUCAUUUUCUGUGAUGAAAUCCACCGCUUCUCCAAAUCACAGCAAGAUGUCUUCCUGGGUCCUGUGGAGAGUGGCCAGGUCACCCUGAUCGGAGCGACGACUGAGAACCCUUCGUUCAAAGUCCAGAAUGCGCUCCUUUCACGAUGUCGGACCUUCACUCUUUCAAAGCUCACUGACGAGGAUGUCACCUCCAUUCUCCACCGCGCUCUCCGCGUUGAAGGCCCAAGUUAUUCACCUUCUGACCUGGUGGAUGAAGAACUGGUCCAAUAUCUGGCUAAGUUUGCCGAUGGAGAUGCUCGUACAUCGCUCAAUCUGUUGGAGCUCGCCAUGGACCUGUCAAAACGGCCUGGUAUGGACAAGGAAGAUCUGAAGAAGUCCCUGACCAAGACCCUUGUGUAUGACCGUGCCGGAGACCAGCAUUAUGACACCAUCUCCGCCUUUCACAAGUCCAUUCGAGGCAGUGAUCCGGACGCCGCGCUGUAUUAUCUCGCUCGCAUGAUCCAGUCGGGCGAAGAUCCACUGUACAUCGCUCGGCGGCUGAUCGUGGUCGCUUCGGAGGACAUUGGCCUAGCUGAUAACACAAUGUUAACCCUGGCCACCUCCACCCAUGCUGCUGUUGAAAAGAUCGGUCUUCCAGAGGCGCGGAUCAACCUGGCCCAUGCCACUGUGGCAAUGGCACUGUCGAAGAAGAGCACUCGUGCGUAUCGUGGCUUGAACAACGCCUUUGCCGCCUUGAACGAACCUGGGAUCGCCGGUUUGCCUAUUCCUGUUCAUCUGAGAAAUGCACCAACCAAGCUCAUGAAGGAGAUGGGUUAUGGUGCAGAGUAUAAGUACAAUCCAAACUAUGUUGACGGUAAGGUGCGGCAAGAGUAUCUGCCAGAGCAGCUGCUGGGCCGUACCUUCCUAGAAGACUUGGAUUUGGGCACUCAGAGAGAUCGUGACUUGAACACUUACUGA